UCUCCCAUAUCCAUAUCAAUUGGUUUUGGUAUAAUGAGUUUUUUAAUAACGGAUUUUUUGAUUCCCAAAUUAAAACAAAAUUUCACCAAAAUCGGGUUAUGUGGGAAAGAUCUAUCAAAAAAAGAUAAACCGAUCCUACCUGAAAGUAUUGGUAUAAUAACUGCUUCAACUUAUUUGAUUAUAAUGUUUUUAUUCAUUCCUUUUCUAUUUUCCAGGUUUUUAGUUACAAGCACCUCGGGUGGGGGAAAUAGGGACGAUGGUUAUUUUGAAAACAAUAUUAAUAAUAACAGCAAUAUUACUUAUACCACAUUGGACAAAUUUUCUCAUGUAAAAUUAACAGAAUAUUUAGCAGCUUUAUUAUCACUCAUGUUCAUGGUAUUGUUGGGCAUAGCGGAUGAUUUGUUUGAUAUAAGAUGGAGAACCAAGUUUCCUUUGCCUAUAAUUGGGGCUAUUCCUUUAUUGGUAGUUUAUUAUGUUGAUUUUGGAGUAACCUCAAUUUUAUUGCCAAACUUUUUGAAAAGUUUUUUCAAUUCAACAACAAUCAAUUUAGGUGUUUUUUAUUACAUUUAUAUGGGGUCAGUUGCAGUAUUUUGUCCAAAUUCUAUUAAUAUUUUAGCUGGAGUUAAUGGGCUUGAGGUGUUUCAAUGUGUAAUUUUAUCGGUAAUUUUCCUUAUCAAUGAUUUUUGUUAUUUGAUAUCGUCCAAUUUUCCUCAAUCAAAGGAUUCUCAUUUAUUUUCAAUUGUUUUAAUUAUUCCAUUUUUGGGAUCAUCGAUGGCUUUGUUAAAGUAUAAUUGGUAUCCAGCUAAAGUGUUUGUCGGUGACACGUACUGUUAUUUUGGUGGCAUGUUGUUUGCAAUUGUUGGAAUCUUGGGACAUUUUUCCAAGACAGCAUUACUAUUUUUUUUGCCUCAAAUUUUCAACUUUGUUUAUUCGGUUCCUCAACUAUUUGGUUUAAUUCCAUGUCCAAGGCAUCGUUUACCCAAUUAUAGUAUCAAGGAUGGGUUAAUGUAUCCUUCAUUUACCGAUUUGAAUUAUUUUAAGAUUAUCGAAAAAGUCUUGUAUAUCUUAUCUUAUUUAAGACUACUUCGAAUCGAAGAAAAAACGGUCAAUAAUGAAAAACACAUUUCUAGGAUUAAUAAUUUGACUUUGAUAAAUUUAACGUUGAUUUGGUUUGGUCCAAUGAGAGAAGAUCGUCUUUGUUUAACGAUAUGUGGACUACAAUUUGUUAUUGGUAUUUUAGCUUUAAUCGGAAGACAUACAUUGGGUCCUUGGUUGUAUGGUUUUGAUAAUCUA